AACAAAUCAUCAUCAAAUUGUUAAUGAUAAUGAUUGUUGUGAUAUGUCCAUUCGAAUGGAUGUGUCAUCGAAUGUUUGUCACAUCAUCAUCAUCAUCAUCGACAAUAAAUGUGAAUGAAAAUAUUUUCAACAGUGAUAUACAUCAACAUUUAACAGCUGAAGAACGAAUCGUUUUGUUGGGCCAUCAUGAUGAAGUGCCUCAAUAUCAAGUGAUAUCAUCGAAAUCAUUACGUACAUCAUCUAAUCAUCAACAUCAACCAAAUCAAAUUCAUCACAAUCAACGAACAAAACGUUCAAUUAAUUCAAAUUUCAAUAAUAAUAAUAAUAAUGAUAUUCCACCGGAUAAAGAUAAACCAAUCAAAAUUGAAUUCGAAGCAUUUGGUGAACCAUUUCGGUUACGAUUAUGGCCAAAUCAUGGUUUAUUAUCACCGGGAUUUCAUCUAAUCAAUCAAAAUCGUGAAUCAUCUAAUGGAUCAAUCGUCAAUGAAGAUAAUGAUGAUUGGUCAAUGCGUAAACAUUUAUCCAAUUGUUUUUAUCAGGGUUAUGAUGAAGCACAUCAAAAUGGUGCGGCAGCUAUUUCACUUUGUAGCGGUAUGCAAGGUGUAAUUGAAACAAAUCCAUCAAUUUAUAUGAUUAAUCCAAUACCUGAAACGACAAGUAAAAGGAUUAUUUUUCUCACAAAUAAUGGUAAUAAUCAAUCAACAACAACAACAUCAUCAUCAUUUCAACAUGAACAUUAUCAUCUAGUGUUGAAAAAAAAUGAUUAUAAUCAUUAUGAAUGUCCACAUGGAUCAAAUACUAAUUCUAAUCAUCAUCAUCAUUAUAAUUAUUAUAAAGAUUUGAUCCCAAAAUUAUCGUCAUCAUCACCAUCAUCAUCAUCAUUAAUGAUUGAAAAUAAAAAACGCCAAAAACGUUCGAUCGAUAUUGUAGCAUCGAAUAGAAAUUUUUUCGAUGCUGAUAAAACAACAACAACAACAACGACAACAAGUCAAACUACCACAUCGACAAUAUCAGCAACAACUAUGAUGCCUACAACGGACAAUUCAUUUUCAUCAUCAACAUUAGAAAAUCAACCGGAAAGUAUUAAUGAAAUUAUUGGUGAUCAACAUAUAAAUUCUACAACAACAACGACAACAACAACAACAACAACAACAACAACAAAACCAACGUUUAAUAUAACAGUUGAAACGGCUGUAUUUGUUGAUGAAAGUUUAUAUCAUAUAUUAUCGAAAACAUUUCCUAUAGAUACUGAACAGCAAAUAGUUCUUUAUGUAUUGACAAUAAUGAAUGCUGUACAAUUAUUAUUUAAACAACCAUCUAUUGGCCGUUCAGUAGAUAUUUCCGUCGUAUUAAUGGAUCUACUAAGACAACAACCAAAAAAUCUUACGCCAUCGGAUAAUAUCGAUACAUAUUUGACAAAUUUUUGUGUUUGGCAACAUAAAAAACGUUUACGUGAAACUGGUGGACCAACGCCCGAUUGGGAUCAUGCAUUAUUGCUUUCAGGUAUCAACAUGUAUGUUGUCGAUGGUUAUGGCCGCAGAAAACGUCAUGUAGUUGGAUUGGCACCAGUUUCUGGAAUGUGUAAUUCACUGAAUUCAUGUACAAUUUCUGAAGGUACAAAUUUUCAAACAGUUUUGGUUGCCGGUCAUGAAAUGGGCCAUAGUUUAGGCAUGGAACAUGAUGGUUCACAAGAUGGAAAUGUUUGCAAUAAAGAUGAUUUUGUCAUGUCACCAACAUUAGGACCGGGAAAAACUACCUGGUCAGAAUGUUCGAAAAAUUAUUUAGAUAAAUUCGUUCUUACACCACAAGCAACCUGUGUAUUAGGACGUAGUUCACAUGUUAAUAUAAUUCAUCAAUUCAUUCCACCACAUCGAUUACCUGGUGAAAGAUUUAAUGUUGAUGAUCAAUGUAGAUUUCGUUUUGGUCCAACGGCCAGACAUCAUUCAUCGCAACCAAAAUCUGAAAUAUGUCGUGUAAUAAAAUGUUAUGUUAAAUCACCAGUAAAAAGUAACGGAUCAAAUAGUCAUCAUGGAUUUUAUUCAGGUCGUGGUCUUUAUGCAUAUCCAGUAAAAUCAACAUAUAAUACACAUCCAGCAUUAGAAGGUACAGAAUGUGGCCAUGAAAAAUGGUGCCGUGAAGGUCGAUGUUUAGCAAAACCAAAUUUUCAUGGAAAUAAUGAAAUUUCGGAUAAUGAUCACAACGAUUCGAAUGAACAACAAUCCGAUAUUAAUCGUUAUGUUCAAUGGGAAUUGAGUAAAAAAAAUGCAACGACCAUAACAAAAAACAAUGGUGAUAAAAUUAAACUGAAAACACAAUCAACACGAAUAUCGAAUAGACAUAAAAAACGUCCAACAUUGGGAAAAAUUAAUAAUGAUGCAAUGAAUACAGAUGGUGCUGCAGAUGGUUCACCAGCGAUCAACAUACAAACCAAUUGGCAUUAUCAUCUGAAAAAUGAUCCAUAUCAUUAUAAAUUAUCAAAUGAUCCUAAAUUCAUAAGUUCAACACCUAAACCUACAAGUUCAUCAUCAACGGCAAAACCAUCAACCAUAUUAAUCGUUGAUAAUGUAUAUAAAAGUAAAUCAACAAAUACAAAGAACAAUACCGAAGAAACAACAACAAUUGUUGAUGCUGAAGCAAAUUAUCUAUCAGAUGAUCAAUAUAAUCCAUAUAAUAAAUUGACCAAUAAAGAUCGUUUUAAUUGGUCAUCGAAUCGUUUGUCACAGAUUCAUCAUCAUAAACAUAAAUCAAUUACAGUAAAUGGUAAUUGGUCAUAUUGGUCAGAUUAUGGUCCUUGUAUUUCGGAAUGUGUUGCACCCGGUAAUAAUAAUAAUAAUAAUAAUAACAAUAAAAAGGGUAGUGAAAAUGGCCGAUUUCAAUCGUCAAUAAUGGUGCCAUUAGGUGUACAAACAUCAUUACGACGUUGUAAUAGUCCAUCACCAUUGAAUGGUGGCCAACAAUGUCAUGGACCGGAUACAAGAGUAAAAUUAUGUAAUGCAGUAAAGACUUGUAGUCCAUAUUCAGCUACAUCAGCAGCUACUGGUUCUGGUGCUAAACAUCGUACGAAAUUAGAUCCAAUAACGGCAGGACAUCGAUAUCAAAUUCGUUCAGUGGAUGAAUACAUUUCCGAUACAUGUUUAAUGGCUGCAAAAUUCAAUGAUAAAAUCGAGAAUCAUGGAACACAAUAUCCAAGUUAUGAUUCUGCUUCACAUUCAUGUUUUGUUUGGUGUUAUAAACGUGGUGGUGGAUUCAUGACACAAGGAUGGCGAUUACCGGAUGGUACACCAUGUGGACGUAAAUUGGCAUUAUCAUCGGUUAAUUCGGAUGAUCCGACUGCUACUAGUACUGCUUCUAAAGAUAUAAUUGAAACUACCGGUUAUUGUUACAAUGGUCAAUGUCGUCGUUUUAAUUGUCGUGGUGAAAUAUUUCAUCGACAAUCAAUCAUUCCAUCUACAUCAUCAACAAAUGUCUAUAAUGUCUAUCAAAAUCAUUCAACAACCUCGAUUAUGUUGGAACAAGAAUUGGAGAAUCGAUUACUAAGAGAUAAUUGUCCAUCAAAUUAUCGUUUAGAUGAUAUUAUCCAAGAUCUUGAAGAUCAAAUUGAUGAUUGGGAUCAAAAUUAUGAUUUCACUUAUCGAUUGAUAGAGAAAGUUAAAAAUACCAUACCAAUAUCAAAAAGUGAAAGUUCAACACAAAUACCAUCCGUUCAUACACAUACAAUGUCUACAAAUUCUCCAACUCAAUCACCGCCAUCUUCGUCUCCACUAUUAUUGGUCACAACUAAUCCAUACAUGUUACCACAGAAUAAUUGGUCAGAUUGGCAUCCAGUCACCGAAUGUCAAUAUUCAAUAUCAUGUAUCCGUAAUGGUAGAGGAUUCCGUUUAGUCACCAGAGAAUGUCGUCGACAAACCUGUCUUGGACGACGUGAAGCUCUACAGGUUUGUCCCGAAGUAUUGACAGAUAAAUCGAUACGUGAUCCAAGCAUGACAACAAUGUAUAAUCUUUAUGAACAAUAUUGCCCAAUAUCGAUUCGACGAUCGGCUAAUGAAUAUGCACAAUCAAUAUGUCAUAAAUAUCAGACAAAAUUUUCAUCAUUAUUAUCCGGUAAUGGACGACAAUUAAAUCAUGGUUGUAUUGUUGCUUGUGAAGAUCGUUUAUGGCCAGAUGUCCAUUAUCAGAUGGAUGCAUUUACUGAUGGUCGUUUCCCGUUUGGAACUGAUUGUUCCACUAAGGAUCGUCGUGGUUAUUGUCUAAAUGGUAAAUGUAUACAUUUUGAUAGUGCUGAUAUUUCAUAUGAUACUGCUGGUAAGUAA